CCGGGGACAGCCGUCAAGUUCCGUCCGAGGCGAAUCGUGCGAAUCGCGCGGUGUGACAUGCACGCACGCCCGCUCGUGCGUCGCUGCUCGUAGGUGCUCCUCCCCUACCCCGUGCCCAGUCCCUACGAUGUGUACCACGUAUCCGCGCGACUCACCCGGGAGAUUCAGCUGCGAAAGAGUGUACUCGAGAUUACUCUACGGCAGGCCAGGCAUAGAACCGCAGGGAUUUCCGUUUCUCGUUCGGUGCCGGGACAAGGUUGGCGGAUCUAUAUGGGGCAAUGCGUGUCUCGUAAGGCGGGCGCCGUCGUCGCAGCAUCCGGUCAUCACAACUCGUCCUCGUACCGUGUCAUGGACAAGGCCCAGAAACAGGGCUCGUCGAGGCGUGGCACGUCGCAUACGCGCGGCACCGCGAUGUCUUUCGGCUUCCGGCGACGGCCCGCCAGCGGGAUCCCGAUGCCGAUAACGAACAACUAUGUCACCAGCACCAACAACGAGAAGAGCCUGCUGCAUCCACGAUCGAAGUCGGCCGGCCCGGAGCAGGAUCGCAGGCGGAUGCUGGACGACGAUAACUGCAACGUGAUUCAUAAUUCGUCGUCCGGCCGGUCGACGCCGCGGCUGGCGCCGCCGAAGAAGGACUCGAGCGGGAUCGGGGUCAGGACGAACCGUUUCGGCUAUCGACAACCCCAGGCGAGGUUCACGAACAAGGUCGGCGACAUCUGCAACAGCCACAGCAUCAGCCACUAUAAUCAGGAGAAGCUGCAGCAAUAUCCGCAGCAACAGCAGCAGCAGCAGCAAACGGACAACUACUUUGUCAAGCAGCAACAGCCGAACAGAGUCGUUGCGCACGUGCCGCAGCAACUGUGCGGCCCGACGGCACCGGCGAAGCCUCGCCCAUCGCUGUCGAACAACGCGACUUAUGGCAGCAAUUUAAUGGCGCAACAGGCGGACGCAAACAGACGAGUCUCAGGCAUUCCGGAACCCAUCAGCAGGUACACGCUGCACACCAGUCACCUGCCGCAACCGCAGUUCGCCGUGCGGGUGAGUGACUCCAACUCCAAGAUCGCCAAGACCGCGGCGAAUCAGAGCAGAAAGAUAUCCACGUCGUCGACGUUGAAGGGGGGCUCGUCCAGUUCGAAGGAGGGCUCGGUGACCGAGGACUCGGGCGUCAGCAGCCAGCCGACCGGACCGGAGGACAACGAUAGGAUCAGGUCGGUGGAUUACAUGGACGACGGUGCCAUGAGAAGACGCGGUGUCGGCAGACCGAGAAAUCUACGCAUGGUGGUAAGCGGCAAGAGUUUCGACGUAAGAGAUGUCCGCGACGACGACAGCACGGUCACGGAGAUCUCGGUGAUACCGCUGCCCAAGUCCUUUGCCAGCACCGCGGCGAAUCUGAACACCGGCUUUGUGCGAGAGCGGGCCACGCAGUACCAGCGAAUCGUCAACAAGGACAAUAGAUACACCGAUUCGACCGCGUCGAUGUCCACCACAUCCUCGGAGGGCUACGACGAAGGUUGUCUGAGCGAGGAGAAGGCCUACAAGGAUCGAUCGCGCACGGAGAAGGUCCCGUCUAUCAAAUCGGACUUCAGCCCGCCCAGCUCGGACGAUCCCGAGUACGGCCACGGCGAAGCCAUGGCGGACGAGUACUCGUUGAGCUCCAGCGACGAGUACCAGCGUUCCAAUUCCAUCAUCGCCCAGCACACGCAGGCGAUCACCGCCGCCACGAAAACCGGCGCGGCGUCGAAGAACGUUCUACGCUCGGUGCUGCUUACCAUCGAGGACCCGGCAUUCGCUGCCGCCGCCGCUACCACAACGACUUUGAUAGACGACGAGACCUCGCCGGUCGACAGCCUGUUCGACAGUCCCACCGCCAGCAUCACUCAGUCGGAUGGAAAGCCCUCGAAGAGGGACGAGGAACACGCGCACGAGCGUUCGGACAACACCCUCGAAGACGACGGUCCGGGCACGCCGACGAACGCCUCCAACUCGCUCAGCUUGUCCGAGGGUAGAGAGUUCUUCGACGAUGAGAUUGCAGAUCAGCCCGGACUAAUCUUCAACGACGACUCGAGGGCGAGAGUUGAAACGCAGUCCGCCACAGGGGAUCAAGUCAUCACCGAGAAUAGCCAGACUCUGAUCGAGCCGAGCUCUAAGAGUGGUGCACACGUCAAGGGCGUAAUGAACAGUCCUCAUCACGGGCAGCGUUUACAUCGAACGGGAAGUGUAGAUACUUUAUCGCCCUGCGAAUCCAUCGCCUCGGAUGAUUUAAUGUUAGAUUACGACGGCAGCGACGCGAGCUCCUACGAGGAACAGCAACGAUUAAACUCAAAUCCCGCGUUGCACGAGCUGGAUGACGCCACUAUAAUUUCCGAGCUGGAAGCUCAGGGCGAGGAAAUGAUGAGGCACUGGAGUUCGUUGCUGAACACCGCGCAUAUGGAGGAAGCGAAUUCCAAUUCCACCAACAAUAAUUCCGCCAACAGCGGCAACAAUAACAAUCAGGCCGCCACCGAAUCUGGAAUCGGAAGUGACAGGAUGUCAAGGCUGUUACGCAGCAGAUCGGGGACGGAAUCGCCGCGUUCGUUAGACAACAUGCGCAACCGUCAAGUUUCUAGUCCUAUGAGAACGUCGGGAAGUGUGUCAUCCUCGUGCGUCGAUUCCGGAGACGAGGCCAGCCUCAGGAUAGACCGUGGCACGUAUCAGUACAUGUUCCAGGACAUCGUCUCCAUAAAGACUAUGCUCCUGAAACUCAAGCGGGUCCUUCAGGAGUCAGGAGAGAACGAUUUGACGAGGACGGAAACUCUCAACCCAUUCGAUAAUCCGAAGAAUGGUCUCUUCUGUAACCUGAACGAGGAUGGAGGUAACACGAUCGACGUGAGCACGUCACCGGGAAGCGGUGGUAGCAGCAUCGCGGACGAGCUGGCGGAUCUAAGGAGGCAGGUGGUGUUCCUUCAGGGCCAGGUGGAGGACCGAGAUCGUACGAUACAAGUGCGGGAUCGUACCAUCGAGCUACUUGAGGUAAAUAACGAGGUGCAAAUGUCGAAGCUUCAAGGAUCCAAGAACGGCGACACUCAGGGCUGUACCCUGCCGACGCGCAACAACAACGUCUCCUCCGCGGACACUUGCAACGCCGCUACGCAAACAGAGAAGACACGUCCAGUAUCGGCGGGACCUUCGCUCCUACAGUCACUCCCGCAGGAUGGUGUCAUGGGGCCUCUCGUUAGCUGGAGUGACUCGUCGGACCGUCAGCGACCAUCACUGCUCUCCGAGCUUAACUCCACCGGGAGUCAUCGCAAGCCAAUCGAACGUUUACCUCAUACGCUAAGACUCCGUCAGGAACAGACCCCGAUACGUCGUGUCAACGUGCACGCGAGGAGACACUCGUCGGAGUGCGUGUCCGGCUCCCUCAGCAAGCCGAAGGACUGCGUGAAACAAUUGUGCGACUUGAACGACGCGGAGCAACGCGACGCCAAGAUAGAAGGAAACACGGUCAAGUCCCUCAUUCCGACACCUAGGAAACUGCGGCUUUAACGACACGCCGGUUUAUAUUAAUCUUCUUUGCGUAUAUAGCGACUAUAUUCCUUUCUCUCCAGACGUCCGCAUCCUCGAAGUACAGAAUGCGACGUAAGGUAUACUCAUCAGGCAGCCUUACGGACAAACCAUUUAAUGACAUAACUUUUUAUCCAGAUACGCCUAAAUUGAGUCUGCCAUCAUUUUAAUUAUAUUAUAAAUUGCAUUAGCAACGAUCAUUGGAUUAUCAAAAGGAAUGCAAUCUGUGCAAUUAUUCGAUCUUUGCCAGGCGAUUUCGACCGAUUCGGACGUCCAAAACACUGUAAAACGAUCUCUCGUUACUGUCUGUGCUCGUAAUUAGUUCUCUGCGCGACUUGUCCACGUUGCGCGCAUUAACAGCGUAACGGCGUCGUUUACGCGCUCGCUUGAUACAGUUCGCCGUAUUUACGUAACGUUGUGCAGAGAAGAGUGUCACACGAAGUGAUUCCUAAAUCGGUAUUUAAGGCGACGUGUAAGUCGCUCCCGCGCGCGUAACGGGUACGGAUACUUAUUCAUCAAGAUUAACGAUAAAAUUUAAUUUCCUCACUUAAACGUGAUCUCAAGUGCAAAAUUAGGGAUUAGCUGCACGAGUAAAUCGCGAUCGCGCUUUAUCUGGCGAUCGAUUUUGGGACCUGCGCUUCCUGCGCACGAUCUUAUCUUGACGGAAACGGAAGUCCUAUAUGCGUUUUUAGUUCGAAUGAAACCUUAAUUGCGAGCAUUGAGCAAGUGCAAUUUUUGUAAUAUACUAUAUAAUUUAUUGUAUUGUAAAUAUAAAUGCAAAAAAAUUAAUUUUAAGCGUGAUGUACAAUUGCAGUCGAGAAAAUUGAUCCAAAUUUUCGGAAAAAAAUGAUUCAGAAAAUUCAGAAUCGAUAUUUUCUUUGGACGAAAAUGUAACGUCUCGGCAUCUGUAAUCCUUGUGUACAUACAAAAAUCUGUUUUCUCGAGACAGAGAUAUUUAAAAAACACAUUAUUUAUUACUACGCGUUUACCGAACAAUUUUUCUCUUUACGGCUAGCUAGCUCGCUGUGAUUCAAAACUAGGCGCGAUUGAUCAUUUUUAAUAAUGUCACAAAAAGCGUUUAUGUUGUGAUUUGUUUGUCCUCAUCGUUCAAGGAUAUAUACGUUUCGAUAACUUUGGGAGAGUUGCACGGAUGUAAGCUUCAGUUUGUGGGUACAUCGCGUGGCAGGUCGGCACGUAUUACACAUCGUAAUUAGUGAAGCCAGGGUACUUGUAAAUUCCACACGUCGUUUUAAUUUAUUGUGUGCUUGGUGCUAGUAAGUUGGUAUUUGAUAUCAUAAGUAAUUUCGUAUAUGAUAUUUAGACUCUCUUGUCUUUCGCGUAAUCGCGCCGACUGGCAGUGCUGCCCAAACAUAUUCGCAAAUAAGAAAUAACGCGUUUGGCCGUGUAUCCGUACUAGUGUACAUAUAAAUUAAUAAUAUUCUAAUAUAUUUCUUACAACAUUCUGCAGUAUUAUGGCAAAUCGUUUCACUGAAAAUAUUAUCCGGAGAACGACGGAUGCCAGGGGAAACUAGAUAUUAUAUGAUCGUUGUAUAUUUAUUUGUCCAUAUUUUUUAAUUUAUAUGUUGAUUAUACGCGAAAAGAAGAAUGGAGGGAAAAUGAGAGAGUGAGAGUGAAGAAGAAAGAGUGAUGAAGUAUACAUAUAAAUAUAAAUAUAUGAAAUCUCAUUAAUUUUUUAAGAAAUAUGUAAUGAAACAAAAUGUGGAGAUUAUAGAGAAAUAGCUUUUCCGCAGAAUUAUCAUCGCAAAGUGCAGUCGAGUAUUUAUAGAAAUGUACCGAGUAGUUCAAAUCCACUUACUAUUAAUAACGGAUACAAAUUAAGAGAUCUGAUAUGGAAUAAGUUAAAUAGCAAUUUUAUUGGUAUUAUGAAAUUGACAUUGAUGUUAAUCGUCCGCCUGGGCUGCUGCAACCUCCGGGGGGGAGCGAGCCUGUGGCAAUUGCGAAACAUUUCGAAAGCUGCAAAGCCAAUUUUGUCGCAUCGUAUAAAAGCUAUGACAAAUAAAAAGUAUACAUAACAC